AUGGCUUUCACUGAUGAUGCUGUUAAAGCAAAGCUAUCAGCUCUGAACGACACGCAGGAGAGCAUCGUUACUGUCGCGCAAUGGGUCAUGUUCCAUAGACGCCAUGCUGAACGGACUGGACAAAUUUGGCUUCAAAAGAUUCGCGAAUCGCCACCUCCCAAGCGACUCAACCUGAUCUACCUAGCUAAUGAGGUUGCCCAGCAAUCUAAAGUGCGCGGAAAACAUGAUUUCCUCAUUGCGCUAUCCCCGGUCCAUCUCCCCGCCCGUCCGCCGUUGCAACUCAAACUAACGGAACAACAGAUAAUUGUCGACGCUACGUCAGCGGCUUACAAGGGUUCGCCGAGUGAAUACCAGCAAAGGAUCCGCCGAGUCGUGGAGGUCUGGAGACAACGCAGUGUAUUCGACGGAGCUAUUUUGGAUGCGGUGGAAGCUCGUAUAGACGGUAGGUUGGAUCAAUGGGCACGAAGCACUAGCCAAACUGAUCAUGUUGCAGAACUUGACAAAGCCCGUCCUACAAACAAGAAGCAAUCCCUCGGAGGAUCUUUCUUCAAGGACGAUUCUUCAGGAUCCACCCCAUCCGAACUGCAGCCCCUCAACCCAUUGCAGGUUGCUGUCAACAAGGCUGUCAUCAGCUCCAACAAUUCCGCCUCUACCGCUACUUCGGAGUUCGAUAAGCUUCACGAUCCAAAGACACCGAAGCCUACACUGCCCGUUCACGCUGCACGUCUGAGUUCACUCUUAAAGACGCUCGCCAACGCAGAAAAUUCCGUCUCUGAGGUAAUCAAGUCGCGCCGCGCCUUGAUCGAUGGGCUUGAGAAGAUCCUCCAGACCAACCGUGCAGAGCUAUCUAAGGAGGAGGGCCUUAGCGCCGAGCUCUCGCAGAAGAAAGCCUCAGUCGAUAACCAGAAGCGUGAGGUCGAGGAUGCGAUUAUGCGCGGUCUGCCCGGUGAAGAGCCCUCUACAAACCCUGGCGGACACAGCCGACACCAUGAUGCAUCCGCCCGCCCAGAAGUCGAAGCUUUGACGCCUCCCCCGGUGGAAGCUAUUACGCCGGUGGGGUCCCCACAGCCAGAAAAGCAGCAGCUUCGCCGCGGCCCUUUUACCGAAGAGGCGGACGACACCUCGGAAUGGAACCCCAUGAACAUCCCCGACAUGCAGCAGUCAGGCAACGGAACUGCCCUCACUGAUCAAUUCACAGCCGUUUCUUCGAACCAUGGAAAUGACUUCAAUGUCGCUGCUGAUGGUCAUGCAAAGAGGCGCAAGAUCUCGCAUGGCGAGGAGGACUAUGCGGCUUUUGCUGCCGGCGAUCUAGAUGCUGAUGUGGCUGACCUGCUUGCCACUCAGGGUAAACAGUAA